AUGGUGUGGUGCCGGUUCCUCCAGAAGAGGUGGGUGCUCGCCCUGGUCUUUGGGCUCUCGCUUGUCUACUUCCUCCGCAGCACCUUCAAGCAGAAGAAAAGAGCAGUAAGAAAUUGGAAUCUCCUCCAGGUUCAAGACCACGACCAGCCCAUUCUGUGGAAGGUGCAUUUUCACCUGGGGAACAGCAGUCGGCCUGGCAACCAGUGCCGGAACUCCAUUCAAGGGAAGCACCUCAUCACAGAUGAGCUAGGAUACGUUUGUGAAAGGAAGGAUUUGCUGGUGAACCGCUGCUGUAAUGUCAACGCCCCUGGCAUGAAGCAGUACCGCUGUGAUGGCUGCUUGCCCCAUGGCUGCUGUGGUGCCUAUGACUACUGUGUGUCCUGCUGCCUGCAGCCCAGCAAGCGACUUCUCCUGGAGCGCUUCCUCAACCGCGCAGCUGUGGCAUUCCAGAACCUCUUCAUGGCUGUUGAAGAUCACUUUGAAUUGUGUCUGGCCAAAUGCAGGACCUCAUCCCAGAGCAUGCAGCAUGAGAAUAUCUAUAGGGACCCCAUAGCCAAGUACUGCUAUGGAGAGAGCCCUCCUGAGCUCUUCCCCACGUGACAGGCACAGCAGACAACACACGGAUGACCAGGUGCCACAGGAGAA